CUCACACGGACUACACCAGAGGAACACCACCAAACAGUCGGGAAACGGAUAUGAAGUCUCUCCGUCGCGUUAGGUAUUCUGGGGUGCAAUGGACGACAACAACGCAGUGAAGCUCUUUGUUGGGAAUCUGGAUUUGGAAACCACACAAGAUGACCUAAUAGCACUUUUUGCCCCUUAUGGAGAAGUGGUGCACAUAACUGUACUGAGGCAGUUUGCCUUUGUCCAUCUGCAGGGAGAAGGGGCUGCUGACCGUGCCAUCCGUGAUCUGAAUGGUCAAGAGUACCACGGCCGGAGCCUUGUAGUUGAGGAAUCCAAAGGGAGGCCUCUCAAUUCCACCAAAGUAUUUGUGGGGAACCUGUGCUCUUCCUGUUCAGUUGAAGACCUAUAUGAUCUCUUCUCAGCUUACGGCAAAGUGCUCGAUUGUGAUAAAGUAAAGACAAAACCCUCCUCAUUAAUAGGCUACACUUUUGUGCACAUGGAGCGCAAAGAGGAUGCAGAACAAGCCAUUGAGGGUCUUCACGGGACCUUGUUCAUGGGGCGUCCACUUGCAGUGGAACUCUCAAAGAUACAGCCGACCACAAACAAGGUCCCAUGUGCCAGCUGCGGUGCCCAUGGUCACUUCGCAGGAGAAUGCCCGAUCAACAGGCCUUCAAUGGAGCACCACCAGAGUCAAGCUGCUGUCUUGGCUGCAGCUGCUGCUGCUGCUGCCGGACUUCCCCUUCAGGUGCAGCAGAGUGUCCACAACUCUUUCUACAACACUGCGAGCAGUGACCCAACGUUUGCAGCUCUGAAAGACUUGACCACUUCCAGGGUUGAUGGCAAACCUGUCAGCGCCGCAGUCUAUGGUGCCCUGGCGAGUCAAGUCUACAGUUCUGUUGCGGACCAGGUGAUGAACACGAUGACGAGCCAAGCUGCAGAUGGCUACCCCACGGAAGGAGAUGCUCCGCCGGGCGCCAACCCUACCGCUGGUAACCCUGCCUAUGGAGCGAAUUCCUCUAUGUACAGUGCCAGUCCAGCUUAUGGGACCAUGGGAGGCACAGAACCUGACCCCCAAGCCAUCUUUGAAGCCGCUAGGGCACGAUUCUUUGAGCAGGGACAACAAGUGCUGGCCGAACAGCAGGCAGUGACCAAAUCUGACCGAGACCGAAGUCCAAUACGGCGUGCGGCCCCAUUACUGCCUGAUCCAGUUCCCCAGCAAUUCUCCCAGGUGCGUCCCAAACGACGGGCCCUACUCCCAACACCUCCUGGUGGUCCAGAACUACCUGCAGUUAAAAAUGGUGACCCAAUUGCAAGGUGCUAUGCCGAGUACUACCAACAGUACCAUCAAUACCAACAGUACCAACAAUACCAGCAAUACCAGCAAUAUCAGCAGUACCAGUACAGCUAUCCACCGCCGCCACCCCCUCAGAUGCCCAUGAUGCCUCCAGGCCCAAUGGAUGCACAACAGAUGGCCGCCCCUGGCACAGCUGCUUCACCAAGAGUGUAUGAGCCAACUCCAACACACAAGGAGUCCCUCCUACGCCGUCCUGAUUACCUUCAGCAACACACAUCUGAGUCCCCAUAUCGAUAGCCCUUACCACCUUACAAGUGUGUGCACGCGUGUUUGGUUGUGAAAAUGUGUGCGUGUGGCAAAUUUGGUCCUACAUAAAAAAAAAAAAAGAAACUAGAGGAAAGGGAUUAAUUGAAUUAUUACUGUUGCAUCAAACCCAGAUAUUGUAAUUUUGCAGUUAUCUUUCCCCAUCAAAAUGUUAAAUAUCUCAUUAUGUGCAGAAUGUAGACGUUUACAUGGCCAUGAAAGUUUUGAUUCUAAGCGACUUUCAAUUGAAUUUUUUUUUUUUUUUUUUUGUAAGUGCUCAGAAUUACAUAAGCCGCCACUUUUAUAGAUAAAAUACUGUUUGACUUUGUCGGGUCCGACAUUCUCUGAAGUCAAAUGACUGUGCCUUGUGAAAAUGAACCUUUUUUGUGUAUAGACUUUUGUAAAACCAAGUACUUCAGGUCAGGUGCAGUUUUAUUAAAUUCAUGGUUCAAAAAAGGAGCAAGCCUCAGUCAAAUAUCCUAAUCCAAAUUGUUGUCAGCAUAUUGUAUUUGGCUUGGACUGAUGUUAAAUUUCACAGUGACUAGGAAGACAUAGCAUAGCACAGUUUAGCUAGACUGUGCAGAGGACCUGUGGGAAGUCUGUGUGUGUGUGUGUGUGUGUGAGAGAGAGAGAGAGAGAGAGUGAGAGUGAGAACACAAUGUUAACUGAUCCAUUUGCGUACACAUUAACACCACAAUCACAUACACAUCAGGCCUUUUUCAUAAACUCCUAUUUGAGUGAGGAAGGGCAGGCAUUUGGGCAUAUUAAGGUGAAUCCAUACCAAACAAAUCCACAAACCUGUACUUAAAUGCUCUUAACCCUUGCCUCACUAGUGCAGAUGGUUAUACCUGCCCAGUUUGACAAUAUUAAAACUGAUAUUAAAAUCAUCUUUUGGAGAAGAUCAAUUAAAUUAAAAUAUUAGAUCCAUUGCAAAAGGGACGAGUUUGUCAGUUGAAAAGCAUAUUUGUUCUAAAUGUUUUCCAUUCGGAUGCCUCCACUGACUCCGAAUGAGUUCGAGGUGUCAUUGCUAAAUAGCAAACAGAACUGGUUUUAUAGUCUGCCAGUAGCGAUUAUGCAUGUUUUUGCAGGAUUUAAAGUGCAAAUGACUGCCAUCUCUGGCUUUGCAUCCCUCUCUUACAUGGACCGAAUACUUGGAAGUAUUGACUUAUAAGUAUGGGUGGAAACCGCUCAAAUGACCUUAAAAGAGAAUGAGGAUUUUACGUUCUUUUUGUUUCUUUUGAAAGUAGCCCCAUGCAAUUACGAUUAUGUUUGUCUGACCAUUUAUUUUGUUCACAUUUACAUUAGUCUCAAUCGUUAGGGUCAUGUGAAUUGAUUUCAGGGGCUUUGGGAUGGAAACACUUAGGAUGGGGAGUGAGAACCCUGUUCAGGCUUGACAUAGCUAGUUAAAGCAAUUGGUUCUAAGAGUUGGGUGGGGGGGUGAAGUGCUUCAUACAAUUGUAUUUUUUUUUUCUUAAGGAGAAAUAUGUUGUCCCAGUUCAUGAGUAUUUUAGGCAAUUCAAUUAAACAUUCAUGUUAUGACAUUAUAAACCAAAAGUGUGUGAAUAAUUCAUCCAGGUUAAAGUCCAUGUAUCUUUUGCUAGAUGUUUCAGUCUUUUAUGAAGGGAAUCUUCCCAAAAUUGCAUAGCAUCUGCAAUGGAUUUUUGAAGGGAUGUAGAUGUUAUGACAGUUAGGGAGCUUCCCUUCAGAUAGCCUUCAAUGCAUUAUGAUUGAAAUUGGAAGGUAUGAUCAAAAGAAUCUUGUUUAAUCAUGUUAUGUAUGUCCUCUUUUCCUAGAAUGCCCCUCAGGCAGUCUUCAGUCUUUCAUUCCAAAGAAAUAUGGUGGGGUACACACACAAAUCACAAAAUUAGCACAUGUAACCCAUAAUUUCACCACUCUACAUCCGACUUCAUCUCUUUACGUAAACCUCACAGGCAAACAUCCUCUGUAGUGUUAAUGUUCUUAAUUUGAUGUGUGAUAGAAUGCAGAUGGAAAGGUUGUGGUGGUGUAGCUUUUUGCAGCACACCAGAGCUCCACACAAAUUAUUCUACACAUUAAAUUAUUUGAUCUAUUUUGUAUUAUUAUAAAUAGUACAUGUUUCUUGUUGUUAUUACUGCUGUUCCAGCCACAUUUUCCCUUUUGCUAACUACAGCUAUAAUGGCUCCCGGGUCUCAGGACACCAAGUUGAGCUUGACGGGGAAGAGAAUUAGCGCCCCGCAAUGCCUUGGACGUGCUCCCCACUAAGGUAAAGCCAUUUGACCCCAACCACGCCUGCACCUCGAUUAUACACUUCCCCGUGAUCAUAGCACAGCUGUUUAGAGAAGCUCACAUCAGUUUAUACUGACAAUACAGUCAACACAAUGGGGAGGGCACUUGUUUUCUGCAGUGUGGUUGGAUUGGUGCCUAUUGAGGGGGAUUUUUUAUUUUUAAAUGGCCUGGAGCAGUAGAAUCACCUCUUUCAGUUUCGCAAAAUGCUCAUGGUUUUUGGUAUUUGGACAGAAGAAACCUACUUACUGCAUUAUUCAUAUUUAUAAUACUGACUCUUUUGGCACCAGAUUCUUAUGAUAUAAGGUUUUAGUGCCUUUGAGGUGUGUUUUCUCGCAGUAUGCUCUCAAGAUGAGCUGGAAAUAAAUUCCAAGUUUCCAAAGGUUUUUUUUGUUUUUUUUUCUUCAAACAAUUUGAGGGAAGAAUGGCUGACAUUUGCCUUGGCUUGUUCUCUGGCAUUUAGUCUUUUUGAAGCACUUCCAGUUGGCGAGACGAGGCGCUUCAACUGUGCUUUGAGUACUUAAGAAGGUUGCAGAGAUGACCAAAAGUAGGGCAAUGGUCUUGUAGGUGAGUAACCAAUGCGUCCAGCUCACAUCCACCUCAACUUUAUGCCUACUGCCACAAUUUCAGCCUCACAAGAUCAUUGAUCCCAAUGCAACACUGAUUUCAGUUUGCACACUUAAGAAAAGGGUCCAUCUGUUUUCUUGCCAAAUUUAGACUUUUGACUAUUGUAAGGAUUAUGUUUUCCUCCAUUCUCUCAGGGUAAGAAUUGAGCAUGAUUCAAUAUGUUCACAAGUGAAUGUAACUAAUCUUUUUCAGUUUAACCUAGGGACAGUCUGCUAUAAAUGUCCUAAAAAACAUUUAGUGAGUGUUUGUUAAAGGCAUGCCUAUUCAGUCACUCCAAACAUAAGUUAAAACAUGUUACUGUCUAUGAUGACCAUUUUUAGAAAUCAGUUUAUUCAUUCCCCUAAUUUUCAACAAGGCUUUAACCUCAAAUCUCUUUAAAAUGUAGAACGGCGCACUCCUUACAAUUCUGUGUGUUGAUUUUCUGUCUUACAAUCUUCCAGUGAGAUAAAGCUUCACCUCUAAUUUAGAGGUGCUUUUUAAAAAGUUAGACGGAAGCAUUACUUGUGCAUAAACUCUGAUUGUAGGUCAACAAGAACUGAAAUACUCAAUGAUUCAGGGAUGUUCGAGUAUCAUUGAUCUUUUUCUCUAGGUCUGAAUGGGCAACAUUCAUUGUGGUUUAUGUGAUUUGUCAAAGUCAGAGGGAUCUAAAGUUUUUUUUAAUUUGCAAACUGGCUUUAGUGCCAUGAUAUUUGUAUUCUCUUGUGAAGUUCAAUAAACGAUGCUUAAAUCAA